AUGACCACCAGUGUUUACAAACGGACAAUCCUUAUAACCGGAGCAACUGAUGGAAUCGGGAAACAAACGGCGUUGGACCUGGCUGCUCAUCCAGAUAAUUUUGUGAUUAUUCACGGAAGAACCGAAGAGAAAUGUAUUGCGACCAAAGAAUGGAUUGGUAAGGAGAAUGGAAAUGGUACCAACAUUGAUUAUGUGGCUGGAGAUUUUGCAGUUCUCAAGGAGGUCGCCAUCAUUGCUGAAGAGGUCGAACGUCGAUUCCCAGAACUUAAUGUAUUGCUGUGCAAUGCGGGAGUACUGUAUCCGAGAAGAUUGGAAACCAAAGAUGGAAUGGAGUCUACUUUCCAGGUCAACUAUCUUGCUCAUUACCUUCUUUGCAACCUUCUUCUACCGGUUCUUAGCCACAACCGAUCCAAUGUGAUUGUGGUUGGAAGUGUGCUCCAUACAUGGCCAUCAUUGGAUUGGGCAGAUGUGAUGGCUGAAAAAGAAUACGAAAAGUAUCUACAGUACUCUCGAUCUAAAUUAAUGUGUCACCUGAUGGCAUUCGCUUUGCAUCGAAGAAUGAAUAUCGCCCGACAACAUGUCAAUGUGAACAUUAUCGAGUUGGGAAAAGAGAAAGAGCCGAAUAACAAUGGAAAAUUACGUACAACAUCAGCAUUAUCUUCCUCAAUGUCAACACUAUCGAUUUGCCGUCAAGCUGGAAAUCUCGCGCAGUUAAUCGAAGGUCCAUGCUUGGAAAAGAUUUCUGGAAAGUAUUUGGAUCCAAGUGGGAAACAAAUGAGGUCAGCAAUUUAA